AUGUCAAACAACCCACCCGUGGAAAGUGAGCACACAGAAUCAAAGCCGCCUUCAAGUGGAAGUCUCGAGGAAGAUCCACAAGACGAGGAGGAAACCUUUUCUACUCGACAGCUCUUUAAAUUUGCAUGGCAAAUAGCGAAGGGAAUGGUAGCUACUGUAUUUUUUUACAUGUUAUCAUAUUUGACUAGAGAGUUAGCCUUUAAAAAUGGACGCUGAUUUCAAAGGCGAACUGUAUGGGGCAUAUAUUCAUUGAGAAAGUAGAAUUUCCCUACCGAAAUCUACCUGCCCUCAAGAAAAGUACCAAGUUUUCUGAUAAAACCACUCUUGAGCGCAAAACAGCCAAAUCUGGCUAAAUGCCAUAAAAUGAAAUCGGGUAAAAAAAUUAGCAAAAGACGAGUUUUAGGAAAUGAGUUUUUUCUGCAGUUUUGGUAUCUUGAAAGCAACCACACGAUCUGCCAACACGCUGUUUACGCCCAUUUCGGUUCCUUGAGCUCUCGGUUUUCUUUCAGAAUAGCCUACCCUCGAUCUUCCCACAUUUUUACUCAUAUUUCCUUGAUGUACUCUUGUGACAUGAAGCCGACUUCGAAAACCUCGAUCGAAACUCAGGUACCUGGGCGUGACUUUUGAAACACUGAAAAUACCAGUGGAACAAAAACGGCCGCGAUUAUACGAUGGACAACAACUUAAAAGGACUGAGAAGCAACUCAACCACCGUGAUACAAAGCAUUAUAGGAAAAAUGCAGCUCCGUCGCCAGACUUUUCGUAUAAAAAGUUAUUAACCAAUAUUAAUUCGCUGACCAUAGUUAGUAGAGAGAAGACUGAAAACAACGGUGCUGUAGGUUAUGUUGGAAACUCCCUGACCGUGCACAAUCCUUUGUUUUUUUGUGUACAAAUUGUGAGUGAAUAAAUUAAUGAGAUUUUUCUAUUGGUCAGUAAGUUCAAAAUGAUAGGAAUGCUAUUGAACAUUGUGCACGAUCAGGUCCAGACGGGCUAACGAAAACAUAUAACAAAGAGUCUAACGCCUUGAGUCUAACGGGUUUCAUUACAAUUCCACUUUAAUAACUAUGGCCUAACAUAGUAAAAUUUCAAAACUCAGGAACAACAAGUUAAAGACAAAAUUGAAUAUUUCGAUCGAAUCGCUCGAACAUCAUCCGUGAUCAGCAAUGUGAAAAUGCCAGGUUAUAUACGAAAAGGUUGUAAUGUUCCCCCAGGAGAGGGUAGUACAUGGCCGGGAGGUCCAGUCCCUCGUCCCUAUUCACAGAGGGUUUUUUGGGGGGAUGGUAAUGGCCUCCUUGACGCCGUAAAAACCGUGAUGGUGCUAUUUUUGUCAGAUAGAAUUUAAGCAUUGUGUGGUUUGAUGUUGUGACCGCCGCUGCUCGGCAGUGUUCGAAAACGGCAAAAGUUUUAAGGGAUUGGUGUUCUUUGAUCCGCGUACAAAGGGAUUUUGGAAGAAUACUUUAUAAUUAUUCAGUUUUGGCUUGUAUAUUUAAGUGAUAGUGUCUGAACUGACGGCUGACUGGCUGUUGAUCAUGGACAUAAACUCUUCCUUGAAUUAGUUAUCUCUUAUUAUGUGAUGCUUAAAUUUGAUUUCCCUUUUUCUACCUUUAUAACUAGAAUCAUCUUGCCGAAAAAAAUCUUGUUCAUAGAGACCUUGCAGCUCGUAACGUCCUUGUUGGCCAUGACAAUCGGGUGAAAGUGUCUGACUUUGGGUUGAUGCGACAAAUCUAUGAAGAUGUGAAGGGCUCAGAAAAGUCCAAGAAACUUCCCGUCAAAUGGAUGGCUCCAGAAUCGCUUUAUCGAAGCACCUUUACCAUUAAGAGCGAUGUGUGAGUAGAACUGAUAAGACUUUCAAUUUAACGCUAGACUAUGGAUCUCAUCGUAUGAGUCUCGUACGGAUUAACUUACUUUUAAUAGUCUUUUCCGAACUGAUUUUUUCAUCCCCGACGACGUAUACUUAAUUUUUUGGCGGAAUAUAAGUUCUCGAACGCCAUCUCAUUAUAACAAAGUUUGGGUUCAAAUUUUGCCAUUUGAUUUAUAUUAGUAGGAUUUUGCUGGCCUCUGUAAAACUAACCUAGAAAAGGCAAAGCGUGAAUUCCCUUCCACAAAAUCUUCUUAGCCUUGACCGUCUGACUAUAUCGCUCUGUAACCAUUUUGUUGUUUUCUUUCCUAGCUGGUCCUACGGCGUACUUCUGUGGGAAAUGGCCACACUGGGUAUGCAUACUUAGAGAUUUAUUUACUUUCCUGAUUACAAAUGCUUGCUUACUUUUCCUCGUUUCUAAUAAAAAACACUGACUCACAUAAUUGUUUUGGUCCAGGCCCCAGUUAUUCAUUCCCAGAUUCCAUCUUUUCCAGCUCUCGCGCGUUUGCCUCUUAAUUCCCUCACACGUAACAUGCUCCCACGAAAGACAAUAGGCCGUGUCCGGGUUGCCCUAGACUACGAGUAGUCCCCCAUUUUUCCUCAGGGAUAGUAGAGCGAGUGAAACGCGAGCGCUCGUGAAAAUCACCCCACGCGAGAAAAAGCGACACGCGGCGGGGAGAGAGAAAAAUGAAGCCUUUUCUCGCGUGGGGUGAUUAGGAAAAAUGGGAGACUACUCGUAAUCUAGGGUUUCCCCAACCCACUGUUUCAAAGCGAGGCUAAGUGUGAAGCCACUGAUAUGAAAAUGAGUUUUUUUACAUUCAUGCAAAGGUAACUCAUUAUCACAAGAAAGGUUUUGCACUCGUUUUGAAAGUGAGGGUUUUUGUAACUAAGAAAUGGCCUUUCCUGAAGGACUUUGCAGUCUACGACCUGAAAAAAUAACGUGAAAAUGAUUGUCAAACUUACUGCCCAGCUUUUUCUGAAUAACUGAUUUUCUUCUUCUGUUGGAUCCAGGAGGCGUACCAUACCCUACGCUGACCAACACAGAGCUGUAUCGCCUGCUCAGCUCUGGAUACCGAAUGGAAAAACCUGACAUGAGCUCCGAUGAAGUGUAA